UACUGUUUUGCUCUGUGAUGCCGACCGUGCACACAUGUAUCGUAGUGGAAACUCAAGUUGGCAAUGGCAUUCAUCACCUUUUGCGUGCAUGCCGGGCACUUUUUCGCGAGGAGAGGGUGACGCAACAGUUGCACGAUAGUCUUCUCCAAGGCUGCUGUUGUACGCUGUUGCUACUGCCAGCAACUAGAAGAAAACGAUGCACGGACCGACUAAGUUAAUUCGGUGUAAUUUUUAACAAUAUAAUAUAUAUUUUAAAGUUUUGUUUCGUUAAAUAUUUUUUUGCACUGCAUCAGUCGAUUAAUCAUGUACGGUAGACCGUUUCUAUCGCAUGCUUGAGCUGAUCACUCGUGUAAUGAAACGUGUCUGUACCAUAAUGACAACUUUAUCACAGACAAAGGAAAUCUUCCGGAGAGCAGAUGCAGUGUGCUUCGACGUGGACAGCACUGUUAUCAGAGAAGAAGGCAUUGAUGAGCUAGCCAAAUUCUGCGGGGUUGGAGAUGCUGUCACAGAAAUGACUCGCAAGGCCAUGGGGGGGUCAGUGACUUUUAAAACUGCUCUGACGGAGCGCCUGUCCAUCAUCCGAUGUUCAAGGGAACAAGUGAACAAACUGAUAACUGACCACCCUCCCCAGUUGACAGCAGGUAUUAAGGAGCUUGUUGAUACUCUGCACCAGCGCAACGUGAAGGUGUUCCUGGUCUCUGGCGGUUUCCGCUGUAUCGUGGAGCAUGUCUCCACUCAACUCAACAUUCCCCUCCAUCACGUGUAUGCCAACCGCCUCAAGUUCUACUUCAAUGGUGAGUUCGCUGGCUUUGACGAGACCCAGCCCACAUCUGAGAGUAAUGGGAAGGGGAAGGUUAUCAGCAUGCUCAAGGAGAAGCACGGCUUCAAGAACGUGGUGAUGAUCGGUGAUGGAGCCACAGACCUGGAGGCCUGUCCCCCUGCAAAUGCAUUCAUUGGAUUUGGUGGAAACGUGGUUAGGCAGCAAGUAAAGGAGAGAAGUUUGUGGUACGUCACAAGUUUUAGAGAGCUGCUAAAAGAACUGGAGAAGAUUUAACAACAAGGAAAUACCAUAACCUGAACCCUCUUACAACUAUUGUUACUAAUGCUAACAUCAGUGUUUUAUUUUCACCUAAUGGUGUUAUCCAGUGCACAAUAUUUUUUAUUUCCAGUCAAUAGAUUUUUUUUAUUAAUAAAUGUUUACACUACAAUAGUGUCUUCUUGGGUUUGACCCCUGUUGAUUUUUAUACUAGAUGAUACUAAAAAAAAUUAAGUUAACUAAAUGUUAUCCUUUUUGGAGGGUUUUGAGCAGGGUUGGAGUCCAUUCGAUUUCAUCAUCGUUUGUUUAAUUCCCGAAUUCAAUGAAUUGAACCCAACCCUGGAUUUGUGUGUUUUUUAAACUGCACUUUUGUGGUUUUGUCCUUACUUCAAACUUUUGUAGGAAAGGUAAUAAAACUACUGCAUUUUACAAUAUGUGCCAUUAAAUGACUUUAUAGAUGUAAAUGUCUUGCCAUUGACACUAAAAAUAGUAAACGUGUAAAAUGCA